GGCUAGCUAAAGCUGGUGUCUCCUAUUGGUCGCUUCCGCUCCGUCAGUGUAAACAUGUAGCCCUUGCACCGGUGUAACCGUAUUGCUGUUAAGCGGCGUUUCCUAAUUGUAAACCACCCCGUCAGUAGUCCGAUUAAUGAUGGCUGUGUCGCUGAAAAUAGCAGUUUCGGAACCAGGGCAGUGUAGUGUUAGCUUGAUAACUAGCUAACACUGAAUAGCUAGUUAGCUAACGAUCGGGCCGUGUUUGUAUGAGGCUGGCCUUGCUAAUUAGACAGCUAGCUUCCAAUUGACAGCCACGAAGCUGUAAAUCGAGGUUAGCCAAGCAACGGAGAAUGGCAAAAUAUGUGAUUUAGCAUGGACACAUCAAGAAGUGAAGAAAAAAUGAAUAAAUCUAGAAGUGCUGGUGCUUCGUCACCUGCGAAUGGAAAACAGGGCAACGACUGGGACAGCAAACGGAAGAGGAAAAUUGCGGACAUCACACAGGCCCUGAGUGUGAGUCCAGUGGAUGUGGCUGCUCUGAGGAGGAUGGCUAUCAGUGAAGGCGGUCUGCUGACUGAUGAGCUACGCUGUCAAGUCUGGCCGAGGCUUCUCAACGUCCCUCCUCACGUCCUGGAACAGGAGCCAGAAAAGGUAGAGCGGGAGAAUAACAAGGACUACAACCAGGUGCUGCUGGAUGUCCAGCGGUCGCUGCGAAGGUUCCCACCUGGUAUGCCAGAUGAGCAGAGGGAGGGUCUCCAAGAAGAACUAAUUGACAUCAUCCUCCUAGUUCUGAAACGCAAUCCCCAGCUGCACUACUACCAAGGAUACCAUGACAUUGUUGUCACCUUUUUACUGGUCCUGGGAGAGCGCCUUGCAACUGCUCUUGUGGAAAAGCUCUCCACACACCACCUCAGGGACUUCAUGGACCCUACCAUGGACAACACAAAACACAUUCUUAACUAUUUGAUGCCCAUCAUUGAGAGGGUUAACCCUGAGGUGCAUGACUUCAUGCAACAGGCUGAGGUCGGGACAGUCUUCGCUCUCAGCUGGCUGAUCACCUGGUUCGGCCACGUCCUGUCAGACUUUCGCCAUGUUGUUCGGUUGUAUGACUUCUUCUUGGCCUGCCAUCCAUUGAUGCCCAUCUACUUUGCUGCUGUGAUCGUACUGUACAGAGAAGAGGAGGUGCUGGAGUGUGAAUGCGAUAUGGCCAUGGUUCAUCAUCUACUGUCUCAGAUUCCUCAGGAUCUGCCCUAUGAGACACUCAUCAGCCGAGCAGGAGACCUCUUUGUCCAGUUCCCUCCAUCUGAACUGGCCAGAGAGGCUGCCUCACAUGACAGCAUGGCCGCCUCUACCUUUAAGGACUUUGACCUUGCAUCCACUCAACAGCGACCAGACUCUGUCCUCCGUCGCCGACGCAGACAGAAACAGGCUGCGCUGGAGAGCUCGGCUGCAAACGCAGUAGCGGCUGUGGCUCAACCUUCAGCAGCACGGCGGUUUGUUCGAUUGGCUGUUAUGGGUCUCACGGUGGCUUUAGGGGCAGCAGCUCUGGCUGUGGUCAACACGGCCCUGGAGUGGGCCCCCAAACUGGACUUGUUUCCUUGAACUGCUCCUCUUUAACCCUAUGCUCCAACAUGUCUGUCCUUGACUGAAUCUAGCUGAUGGGUCUUUACCAAGAACUCUUUAAUGAAUGAAACCUUGCAGUCGAAAACACUGUCUGGAGUGAACUCUUUAAGCUGAACCAGAUAACGCUCCUCUUUCGUCUUCUAGGAUGUGUCUUAACAUCCAAUGUAGGGCUUCUCAGGCUCCGGCUGAAGGCCCUGUUUAUGACUCCUGGAGAGUGCACCAGUAUAACAGCAACAACCGCUGGUGUUCUGAAAUGAAGAAUCCAUCCUGCUAAAUUGAAGAGACUGUUUUUUAAGAACUAUAACUGAUGGUGUCAUUAUUAAAGUUUAUUUAUAUUUGGUAUUAGGAUAAUCUGAUAUUGAGUUAUGCUCACAGAGAUUUAUGCUGAAAGCUUGGUGGACUCACUACACUUGAAACUGCUGCCAAUUAAGAGAGCUGGAGUGAAUGUAUGUGUGUGUGUGAGCGUGAGUAUGCGUGUGUGUGGUCGCAACCCAUUUGUUAUCUAUUUGAUACCUGGACUGAGACCAAAUAGAGGAUUGUUAGAAUCCUCUUUUUGUAUAAUUUACAGUUUAAUUUAUAGGUAUGUUAGCAGCUGUAUAGCGAUAUGGUGAUAACACACAGGCACUUUUUAAGGUCACCAUCUUAUUAUGUUUUAGCUAAUUUUGUCCCUUUUUUAAGUUGUUCGAAUAAGUCUUUUUAGUCAAGAAAACAAAUCUUCCUUUCUGGGACCGAGUAUCUUUGAAACAUGUCAACAGUUGUCGCCCUUGACUACACAUUUUAAUUUUGGCUAAACUUAUCUGUAAGAAGUUUUAAACAAUAUGCUAUUGGUGUUAUCUAAGUAAAUAUAUUGUAGCCUACUUGAGAUGUAAUUUUGUACCUCAAGACGUCUGAGGAUUAGGCCCCCAGAGUAGAGUACAGCUUUCAUAGUGCAGGAAGUAAAAAAUUAACAAUGUCGAAUUUGUUUUAUUUGAGCUUUCUACUUAAUUGUUUGGUUGCACAACCUUAAAAUAAGUCUGUAUUUCAUGGCCUCUAACGACUAUGGUAUGCUUUCUGGGUCACUUUGUCCUGGAGUAGAUGAUUAAAUAUCCUUAUAGUUUAGUAACACACUCACUCAAUGCCUGGUAAAAGGAAAUAUCAGAGCUGGGAACAACGGCAACUAAAAUAAGGGGAUACUGCAGUCAGCUAAGGACCCAGUUUGCACUGACUGCAUCAGUUUUGCAAAAUCACUUUAAAAUUAGUUUGAUAGUUGCUUUUCUCACUCCUAAUGUACGGGUGUUCCAGUAAGAAAAAAAGCUCCACAGCCUUCAAAUGAAUGCUGUCCAAGGUUUUUUUUUGUUUUCAACACGAAUUUAGCUUUAACACAUGACAUUUAGUAAGUUGGGUUCCUUUGAGUGUAGCAUUUGCAUUUCCGAUGCAGUCCAGCUCAUUCCAAUGUUCCAGUCAUUUUCAUUCAAUCACAUAUUUAAAAUAAUAGGGGUUUGCUUAGGUUUCAGUGGUGUGGCACUCACCUGAAUAGCCAAGACUUAUCAGGAAAUACAUAGCAAAUACUUUGCCAGAGCACUUCAGUCUAAGAUAGUGAAUUUGGUUUGUCUGUAGGGCUGUACCGAAUAGUUCAAAGCAUUAUUGAAGUUAAGAUAAAAACACUAAAUCGACAAUUCAAUGGUUGUUUGUUUUUUGUAUGUCUAUUCAUUACAUUUAAACCCAAUACUUGUGCACAAUUGCAGAUGAAGAUACACUAAUAUUAUUAUUUUAGUAUUUAUUAUUAUUAUUGAAUUGGAUCGUUUCUGAGUCUUGUGACUUUUUCAGUUACUACACCAUAGCAGUACAAUAAGUUCCAUUUAUAAAAAAAUGUAUCUGAUUUUUUUGGUGAUAUUAUAAAACAAGGUGGGACAUUUAAAGCUUCAUUCGAAAACCUCAAUAGAAGCUUUGGGUUCAAAAAAAUGUUUGUUUAAAAAAAACAAAAACAACAGGCCAUUCGGUACAGCCAUAGUUGUCUAUAAUCUUUAUGAUGUAUUUUGCCUCACAGAAUAUCUUCAGAAUUAUUGACUUAGUUCUAGGUCACCUACAUUGUACGACACAACAACCAGUCAGCUAAAGAGGUUUCACUUCAAUUGUUUUUGCUGUAUGUGGAACUGAAUACUUGAACAUCCCAUUCCUAGAUUACGAUUGAUCGGUUUAUUGCCUUCGCAGUGAACCACUGAUUCGGCUGCUACCAACUGAUCAAAAUGAAGGUGACCUGGAACAUGUCCAAGGACGCUCUGAGGUGCCUGAGAGUGUAGUUAUUCAGCAGUAUUAUAAUGCACCAUGUAUCUGCACUCAGUGGUUUUCAUUUAUUGUCAUUGCACUAAAUGAUUUAUCUGCCUUUUAUGUUUAUUUUGUUAUAAUAAAAUUGUCAUACUAAUGUAAAGUUGUACAUGAGAAUGCUAAUAAACUAGAGUGAAAAUGA